AUGGAUUCGAACUCUAACCCUGUUCGUGAACUCGAGCUCCUUCGUGAUUUGAUUGUGUCCUCCGUUGAUAUCGUCAAGGCGACCAUCACUGAGCACCAGGACCCACCGCUUACCCUUGAUGCAACUGAGGAGCAUCCAAUUUUUCAGCGAGAAAAUCAGGAUGCCUCCUAUGCAUUGAAGACCAUUGGAUCUGCUGGGCAGAUGCUGCGUGCUCUCUGUGAUCCGCAUAUCUACCUCAACGACUUCACAUACGGAUACCAUGACCAGACCUCUCUUCUUGUCGCCUGCCAGGCAGAUAUACCAAACCAUCUUGCAAAUGGUCCUCUUGAGAUAAGCGAGCUGGCCAAUCUGACCAAUCUGAACGGUGGGGUCUUAGCCCGUUUUCUUCGAAACUUGUGUAAUUCACACAUCUUUCGGGAGAUUGAAGCGGACAAAUUCGCGAACAACAGACUUUCCGCCAGAUACAAGUCUGAAACCUGGAAAGCCAUCGUUGGACACUGUGUUGAUGGCGGCCGUCCAGCCUCAUGUAAGGUCUGGGAUGCUAUGAGUGAUCCGGAAUACAAAAACUCCACAGAACCAACCAAGUCACCAUUCAAUAUUGCCUACAAUACAACGCUUGACUAUUUUGCGUACACGAAAACUGUGCGGCCCGAAAUGGCCGACCGGACUCAAAAGGCUAUGGGCGGCAAGACCUUUAAUCUAGAGGAAUUCCUGAGUCUCUAUCCGUGGGCCCAGCAGAAAAACGCGCAUAUCGUGGAUGUGGGUGGCGCCAUUGGGGCGGCCACUCUACCUAUCCUGCGUGCUUUUCCAGGUCUAUGUUUGACCGUACAGGACCAACCCGAAUCUCAGCCGCUUUUUGAGAAGUAUCUCACGGAACGUUUUUCAGAUGUCGUUGAUGUAUCAAAUGCACGUUUUGUCUCUUUGGACUUCUUCAAAGAGUGUCCAGUCCAAGGAGCUGAGAUUUACUUCUUAAGGCAUGUAAUCCACGAUUGGCCCGAUAACGAAGCCAUUCGCAUUCUUAAGGCGUGUGCUUCUGCCAUGAUACAAGGAAGUAAGUUACUGAUCUGCGAGCACAUGGUAUGUCCAACGUAUCACACUGCCGGAGACAAAGAGUCGGAAGCAAAUAGCCAAGCGGCCCCUGAGCCACUCCUAGCAAAUUGGGGCAAUGCACCUACUAGCCGUCUAGAUCUUCAGGUUUACACGUUUCUCAAUGCCAAGCAGCGCACCUGGGCUGAGUAUGAGCUUCUCGCCAAACAGGCGGGGCUGGAGCUCGUACAAGUGUGGCGCAAUCUCGGCGACCUCUCGAUCGUUGAGUGUCAAUUGCGGAGAGAAUAG